AUGGCUUGCUUGACGUUUAAAAAGAAGAAGAAGGUUCUUUCUGAACGGUUGAAUAAAAGGUCUAUUGAACACCACAUCCCACUUUUCAGUAAUGAAUUGAAUGUUGCUUUCAGAAAGAUGAUGGAAGAAGCUACUGGUGAAGACAUGAGUGUUCUCCAUCACUUGCAAUAUUUCGUUUUGCGCUGUGUUAUAUCAAUGGCUUAUGGAAUACAUUUGGACUGUUUUGGUAGCGACAUGACCUUUGCUCGAGAGAUCAUUACCAAUGAAGCAGAUAUUAUCAGGUUGCGAUCACCAGUAUCUAACUUGCAGGAUUCAGUUCCACUCUUAAGAUUACUCCCGAUACUUACAAAUAGUCUGUUUGCGCGGAACUGCGGGGUGAAAAGGGAAAAGUAUAUGAGUGUUCUAUAUGACAGGCUAACCAAAGGGAUAAUGCAGGAUGAAGAUGACUGCCUCAAUAGCAUUGUUGGUAAACUAGUUAUCGAAAAAUGUCACAAUUUGUUAACAGAUCAAGAAAUCCACAGUAUCUGUUUAACAUUGAUUAGUGCCGGCUUGGAUAACACCCCACUCAAUUUGAACUAUCUAUUAGGGGUUUUCUCACAACCGCAAGUUGGAUUACAGUAUCAAAUGAAUGCGCUAGAGGAGAUUCUAAAAAAUUCAAAUGGGAACUUAGUGUUGGCGUGGGAGCAGCUGAAUCAACCUGAAAUGGUGAACGUAUACGUAUACGCUUUGAUUCUAGAGACUUUGAGACACUUUACUGUUUUACCCUUGAGUUUACCGAGGAUGACAACAAAGCUGAUAAUUUGCAACAAUAUUGAACUACCUGCCAAUACUCAGCUUUUUAUGAAUGCCUAUGCUGCCAAUCAUGAUAUUGACCGUUUUGAUCAGCCUUUUAAGUUUUGUCCAGAGAGAUGGUUGGACCGGAAUACAAACACCAUAAAACAGGCUUCACGCACAUACCAACACUUUUCUUUUGGAGCAGGCUCGAGAAUGUGUGCUGGCCACAAUUUGGCUCUCAGAGAAAUUUACAUGUUUAUUGUGAGAUUACUUUUGUUGUUUGAGAUUAAUACACCACUGACAUUACUAAUGAAUAUGGAUCCUUUUAAGAAUAAUCGUAAUCCGAGAGCAACCUCAUUUGAGCCACAGCCCCAUUACAUACAACUAAAGCUUCGAAAACUACCAGGAUACGAAAGAUUACAUGAUAUAGUGACGGGUAUAUAA